AUGCGACCCCGUCUUCUCCGGCGGUUCCUCCUCCGCCAGCUCAAGACACCAGACAAGCCGACCCGGACGUUCACCCACAACUCACCCGCCCUCUACAAUGCCCGCCCACAGCUCCCCUUCCUCUCCAUCCCGUCCCGCUUCCAGCGCCAACAAUGGCGCUACCUCACCACCGAGCGCAAGACCUGGCUGCGGCGCGAGGCCAUCCUCAGCGUCAAGUACACCGCAUAUGUCUGGGCACUCUUGGCCUGCGUAGCCAGCGCCGCUUUCGCCGUCCAGCAGGAGUUCCUUGAGCGCCAGUUCCCAACCCCACACGAGUGGUCUUUCCUCACCAGGAUGCGGAAGAGGGGCGCCGAGGCCGAGAGGAACCGGCCAGACGUCGUCAUGGAGAACUGGGCACUGAUCAGCCAGAUGAUGAAGGACGUCAUAUCCAGGCUCGAGGACCCCGACGGCGACGGAAAGGGCCUCAAGGACAUGGGGCCAGAGAGCCCCGCCGGCACAAAGGACGUUUCCGCCAUGCCUGAGGCUUGGAGACGAGGAUACUACGAGGCGCUGCUGACGUAUGCGAGGGCAUCCGAGCACGUUGAAGGCUGGGUGCUUGACAAGACAAGGAAGACUGUCUUUCCCCCCGACGUCGUCAAGGGCCCCUCCAACCCGUUUCCCAAGCCAAUACCUCCAGGUGCCAAAUCCGCCCCGCGCGAGGAAGACUGCGUGCCGGCGGGCUUCCCCAGUCCGGACGAGUGCUACCUGAAGCUGCUGUCCACCGAGGGUUUCACGUCAAAACAGCGCAUGGAUGCAGCGCUGGCGUACGCGAACUGGCUAGAGUGCAAGGGUGUGGUGGGGCCUGCGGCCAUCAUGUACGACGACGCUGUCAACUUGGCCAUAGAGGAGAUAUACAGUCCCGGCGCACCACCACUCAUCGAUCCCCAAACAGCAGUUCUGAGCGACAAGGCCGACCGCAAGCCUUCGACAAACCUGCUCACUUCUCUGACGGCACUGGCGACUUUCAAGGCCCGCCACGAGGAACCGUCCGCUGCCCUACCCAUUCUCGUAUCUAUACUCAAGGCACGGCGAUCACUAUCCAGUGAGCCGCCACAGAAGAGCCCCGAUGAGCAGCUUGCCGCUCUUUACGACGGGACCCCCAAGAAGGACGGCCCCCUGCAGACAGUGCUCAACCUCUUCAAGCCCCCACCGUACCCGCCGCCGCCAUCCGACGGGACCUCACCUCCCAUCCGCGACAGCAAGGAGCUCUGUGAGGAAGCUGCCCUGGACCUGCACAUUGGUGAGAUCAUGUACGUCCUGAAGGAGUCGGCUCGCGAAGACGGCCUGGCGUGGACACGCGAGGGAGUCGACCUCGCCGAGGAGGAGCUACACAAGGUCCUGCAAGACGACGAGGAUAACCGGGAAGCCAAGAAGGCAUGCCGCGAGUGCCUCGCCUCCGGUUUGGAUAAUUGGUCCGCCAUGGUGAGCCGUAUGGUCCAGGAGGAAGAGGCUGCCAAGGCGAAGGGCGAAACCAAGUCGUCGUCGGGUUGGUUCGGCCUGUGGUCUGGCGGGAAGGUCGCGGAGGAGAGCGGUGGCAGGUGGGCUGCUGAGGAGAAGGUGUUGAUCGAGAGGACGGUUCGGGCGCAGCAGAUCCUGGAAGAUCUCGAGAAGCCGAAUGCCGGCUUGAUGACCUCGCUGCUGAAAGCUUAG